AUGAUUGUGUUAAAAGUUUCUUCUUUAGGCAUCUCCGAUGAAACUGGAAAUGAUCAUUAUUGGUCAUUUAAAAUUCCACUCAAUACAACCAUGACGUGGUUAGAGUGUGAUUGGAAUGAUGAAAUUCAGCAUCAUGAUCGAUCUCAUGAAAAAAAAUGUGCCAAUAAUUUCAAUGAAUUGGUACAAGUUUUGUUACAUCAUUCCGUCAACUUGAACUCUUUAGGAAUAAUUCUCAACACUAUUCCUGCAACGUCGGACAAUUUUAAAUUUUGUAUUAUUACUGAUGACAGAAUACUACUCAAUGGCAAGGUUGUGACUGCAUGCUGCCGAAGCGACCGUGAAACCGACAAGCAAAAAAUAAUGAUGGAAUAUUUUGUGUAUUUGUGGAUGUUAUACAGAGCCACUGAUCAAAGUAUUGCUCAUGUAAAUAUAGAUCCUGCACUCGAUCUUAUUUAUGACCUAUGUAGCUGUAUUAAUCCACAAAAUGAAUUGUUUUGGCAAGAAGAUAUGUUUCAAUGUCACAACUAUCAACAACUAGUGCAUUUGGAGAAAAUUAUUUUUGAUUUAUUUCCUCGAAUUCAAAAUGUGGCACGAUCAGUAGCGACCACUUUUUUUGGUCAUGUUUGUCGAGCUUGGGUUGUGGCACAUUCUAGGAUUAACAUGCAUGACUUUGUAGAAUUGGAUUAUAAUCCUGUUCAACCUUUUUCAAAGUUUCUCAACAGCUUUGGUGUAUCUCCCUUUUAUUUUUUUGAUAGAGAUGAUUUGACUGCCUAUUGUCUUCAACUACUCCAUUCUAUGAACGAGAAAAGAUUGUUAACACCAACACAAAUGCAGGAGCUUUUUGCAUCGGAACGUACCAACUUGUCGUUUGUGCCGAAUCUCAAUGAAGAAUAUGGAAUACUUUCUAAAAUUUUUACAUUGCUCCUUGAAACAUGCCAAAUUGACAAAGCAAACAAAUUGUUCGAAUACAUGUCAGCACCAAUACUGAACAAUGAAUUUAAAGAAGAACAUUUUGCAAUUUAUUUAAGGUUUAGAGUAGAAGUGGAAUAUAUGGCAUGCUUUUCUCCGCCGUUUAUUUCUUUUUAUAGGGCCAUCGACUUUUUAAACAGUAUAGCAAACGAGUUGGAUGACCACAAAUCCAAAUUGUCCAAUGAAAUCUAUUCUUAUUUAAAGUUUGAGAUUUAUUGCAAAAAGCUAAAGAAAUCUCAGGGAUUCGAGGUCGAGGCAGCAUAUUAUAAUAAGAAGGAAUAUCUUACCGCCACAUUCAAAGAGGAACUUCAACUUUUCUGUGCUGAGAAUACUCAAUAUUUUAAAAGUGGAGUCAUUAAUCAUUCGACUGCAUAUGAAUUGAUUGCUGAUGACGACCUAUCAUCGUUCCAACUAUUGUUAAACACCACAGAAUAUACUAAAAUUGCAAAAUACCUUAAAUCUAUAGCGGCGUGGUAUGAAGAGCGAGGAAAUUCCAUCCAAUGUAAAGCAUACCUCGAAAAAGCAGACUACAUUGUAAGCCAAUUAAUGGCAGAAGAGAAAAUUAUUUGUGGAUAUUUUGAAUUGGCAGAAUUGCGUUGUAAUUAUCUAGACGCAUCAAAAUCUAUGGCGCUCCUUAAGAACAUUGAAUAUGUGUGGAAAAAGUUAAACCAAAAAACAGCAAUAAUGUAUUAUCCCAAACAACAUAGAAUUUUGGUAUCACUCCGAGCUCGCUUGACAAAAAACGAAAAAGAGAAACGAAAAAUUUAUACAGAAUUGCUUCCCUAUCUCAAACAGAUUCUACGGUUAGAAAAGGAAAAUACAGAUGUGUUGGAUGAUCCUGAUUUCAAUUUCAUUGUAAAAUAUGGUGGAAAUGAUACUAUUGAGAAGACAACUGAGAUGUAUCAAUACUAUGUUUCCAUGAUUAAGGAACGAGCAAAUAUGCUCAUCAAAACUGAGCCCAAAAUUGCACUGAAGAUUUAUCGUGGAUUAAUCACUGACAAUAUUGCCAAUCACGAUCAUUGCUCUAUUAGAUUAUAUAUUCUCUCUCUAUUUACAACACUCAACAUGCAACAAGAAGCGUUUUCAUUGUGCGAUCAAUUACUUGAUUACUAUGGUACCUACAGUGUUGUCAAGAUUAGAUGUUAUCAAUUUUUAGUAGACUAUUACAGGCGACAGAUGAAAUAUUCAACACUUCAUGAUGAAGAGAUUAAUCUACUUGACAAGUGCUUGUUACACAUAACCGGUGCGAUUGAAGUGCUAAAAGAGGACAACUCUGUCAAGCUCUCAACCUUGUCUGAUUUUUUGCAAUGCUCCCAAUCCGCCUCUUGCCUCUACGCAAAAUCAAAGGAAAGGCGUUACAUUGUGAAAAGUGAGAAAUGGAAAUCGUUGAAUACCAAAUUUACAGAAGUUUUUGCAGACCUAACGCAAUUUAUUUCUGGCUUUGAUUUUUCCAACAUGUAUACUCUUUCAAUUUUGGACCUUCUUCUAUAUUUGUACUCGAUUUUAAAUGACACCAAAGAUCUUCUCAGCAUUGAACAGAUCAAGUUACUACUGAACACAUCAUUGAUUCUUUCAGAACAGUUGGAAGAAGUUUGUGAAUUAUUCAAGGAUUUUGACAAGGCAUUUCAAUUGUUUGAGGUGGCGAGCCUGAUUUGUGCAUUCAUCGAAAAUUAUGAGGAGCACACUGUACCUAGCAUACAUUAUCAAUCACGAGAAAUAGAUGGCUUGAUAUUUUUGGAAGAACCUAUGAGUUUCCAUACCGAUAAUUCCAGCCUGAAAGAGAAUCAAAAAUCAUUUGUGGAAUUUAGUUAUGACUUUCUCAGAGUCAUGUUAAAAAUUGCCACUUUUGCUUACAACUAUGUUCCAUACAUGGCACGUAUUUACAAGAAAAUGUUCUCCCUACAUCGCAAAAACAAGACAUUACCAAAAUCAUUUUUCGAAAAUCAAAUUGCUCUAUGGACACACGCAAUAACGAAUGUAAAUCAUAUUCAGCUCCUCGUUCAAGGUGAAAGAAACAUCAAUCUGUUUAAAACAACAGCAAAAUUUUCAACGACAACAGACGGUAUUGAAAUUGUUAAAUUUCCAGUGAUCAAAGAUAUUUCAUCAUUGCAGGAUUCCAUCAAACUUGAAGAUCUAAGACAAAAUGAUCUCUUUUAUCAAGAAGAAUUUUCUACCUGCAUUUCUUUAAUUCAAUCCUACCAAAAACUCUUUGCAAUUAAUUUCAGAGAUGAAGAAUUCUUUCAAAAUAUAAUAGAAUCGUUUACAAAAUUACGAGCAGUGAGAUCAAUGAAACAUUUAGAACAUGUGACAGGACUUUCAGGUCUCCACGAUACAUUUUUCUCUAAAAUUCAACCCAUCGAAAUUGAUGAUAAUUUCUCAGUAUUUUUGGGAGUUGGAGGAGAUCGAGUUUACAUUUAUGCAACAUUGGAUGAUAUUGAUUUAUUGGAAUUGACGACCGAAGAUCGAACGAAAUUAUUUGAAGAGUUGUUAUUUAAAUCAUUUUUUGGGCUCAUGGACCCAGUAAGAAAACUAGGAUUCUUAUCAUGUGGACUAAACGAUGCAGAAGAUACCAUCUACUUGCACACAAGUUAUAAUUUAAGCUGUGCCAGUUUUUCCACAUUACUUUUCACAGUUCAAGCUUUCAUUCUUGCAGUUGAAUAUUGGAGAGAAAUAAGUAAGGACAUUCUUUCGAAACCAUCCAAAAAGAACAGUAACCGUUCUACCAAUAUCAGGCAACGAAUUUUAUCGAAUACAUCAUGCAACUCGACCAGUAAUACCAUGAAAAAGUAUGGCCUCACCAAAAAACAAGCCAUCCUCGUGAAUAGCAUUAUUGAUUUGAUUGAGCACAAAAAACAAGUGAGUCCAAGACCGUCUGUGAAUCAAGCAUUGAGUGCUUCUGAAAAUAAUACUUCACCAACAACAACGACGACAACAACGACAACUACAGCAACCAAUUCUACGAAUGACAACAAUUCAUCUCUAUUAGACACCUUUACAUGGAGUACUCACAAAGUGUUAAGUUCCUAUUUGGAGAAAUCCAUGGAUGAACUGAUAGAAGGAAAGCUUGAAAAACAAGCAGCAUGUGAUGCCCUUCUCGAUAGUUAUUACAUUCUCUGUUACAUGUCUGAUAUGUAUCAUAUAGGUCAACUAGAUAGUACUCAAAAAGCAAAUUUACUUCUUGACCGAUUAGGAACUUUUCUUGGAAUUGCUGGAGGUCUUCAAUUUUCUGAAGAUCGAUUGUGUGCAGUAGCAACCAAUUCCUACAGCAUCUUUAUUCAACAUCAACAAUAUCCAUCCUCAUCUUGUCAAAUAAGUGCCAUUGAUCACAUUUUUGUGUUUUCCAUGUGUACUGUCAAUAUUUUGAACAUUCACAAGAAGGAUUUGGUUUACACGUACUUGUUGAAAAAAAGUUUAUUGGGUAAGAAUUGUGCGAGAGGUGGAAUUGGAAUUCGAAGAAAUAGUUCCAAUCCAGAGAAGGUGACUAUUUGUUUUUAUGUUCCUAUUCGUGUGGCAUCUGCGAAAGAGACAGCUCUUAUUGAUCUAUUACCAGAAUAUUUACAAGAAUAUAAUGUAUUGUUGGAGGAAUUGGAAAAGAUGUUGGCUGAUCGAAGUUGUUAA